AUGAAUUCGGUGGCUGGGAAUAAGGAGCGGAUCGCGGUCACGGCGCGGAGCAGAAAAUACGGGGUGACCGAGCCCUGCUCCCCCACCAAGCCCGCCGCCCCCUUCUCCCCCGAGAGCUGGUACCGAAAGGCGUACGAGGAGUCCCGGGCGGGCAGCCGCCCGGCGCCGGAGGGAGCCGGCUCUGCCCUGGGCUCCUCCGGCACUCCGUCCCCCGGCUCAGGCACCUCCUCGCCGGGCUCCUUCACCGGCUCGCCGGGACCCGCCUCGCCUGGCAUCGGCACCAGCUCCCCCGGGUCGCUGGGCGGUUCGCCGGGCUUCGGCACCGGGUCGCCGGGCUCCGGCAGCGGCGGCGGCUCCUCGCCGGGCUCCGAUCGCGGCGUCUGGUGCGAGCACUGCAACGCCCGCCUGGCGGAGCUGAAGAGGCAGGCGCUGAAGCUCCUCAUCCCCGGGCCCGUCAGCGGCAAGGACCCAGGCUUCUCUUCGGUGAUUCAUGACAAGCUCCAAGUCCCCAAUACCAUUCGUAAGGCGUGGAAUGAGAAGGACAACAGAUGUGAUGUUUGUGCCACGCACCUGAACCAGUUGAAGCAAGAGGCCAUUCAGAUGGUGCUGACCUUAGAGCAAGCUGCCAACUCCGAACAUUAUGAUGCCUCGCCAGGCUCUCCCCCACCUCUUUCCAACAUCCCCACGUUAGUGAGCCCCCGGCACAUGGGCAGCCUGCAGCCCAGGGACUGGGCAUACGUGCCUGCUCCUUAUGCUACAUCUAAUUAUACAGGCUUUAUUGCCAACAAACACAGUGGAAAACCCAACAGUCUAGGAAUUGUCAACGGGGUGGAGAAGAAAAAUGGCUCUCCUGGACACCAAGCCAAGGUCAGCUUUCAAAUGGCCACCAGCCCCAGCAAUGGUAACGUUCUCAACUCUGUGGCUAUCCAGGCUCAUCAGUACCUUGAUGGCACCUGGUCUUUGUCAAGAACUAAUGGCGUCACUCUAUAUCCCUACCAAAUAUCUCAGCUUAUGACAGAGACUAGUCGAGAGGGCCUGACCGAAGCAGCGUUGAACCGCUACAACGCAGAUAAACCCUCCCUGUACAGCUUUCCUGCUUCCCAGAGCACGUAUGUUGCCAGUGAAGUAUCCACAGGCACCUCGGUGGCAGCAUCAUUUUUUGCCAGGUAA